AUGUUAUGCAAAAAUUGUUCUACUAACAUUCUCUCAACUGACUGUUCUCUAAAAUUAAAUCAAGAAUCAACCACAAAUUUUGAUGAUUUGAACGAAGUUGUUUAUUGUCAUCGUUUUUGUGAAGCACAUCAACAUGGAGAUGAAGCACCUGUUAAACAUAAAUCACCUGAAUUCAAUAAGAACACGGCAAUGGAAAAUACAGAAAUAAUUAUCCUAUCUAAAGAUUAUGUAUUAGUUAACACUGAUAAUUCGAAUGUCAAUUGUCAAGGAUGUGGUACAAAAAUUGGUUCAUAUGACAGUGUCCAUGAUGUUGUUUCAAUUGAAAAAUGUUUGUUAAAAUACUUUUCUGAUUAUUAUUUAUUAUCUUGUUUUCGUCACUAUGAAUGUGGACGAUAUAUAAUAAAAGUAAAAAGAUCAAAUCAACUCAUAUUUCUUCUAUGGAUAUUACCUAAUGAAUUAUUGGCUGCUAGAUGUCAGAUUAAUAAAAAUGAAGAUGCAAAAGAUGCAAAAAUAUUAAAAUUUAAUAAAAUGAGAAAAAUGAUGUUUAUGAAAAUAAAUCAUGAUGAUAUGAAUUCUAAAUUAUUGAAUGAUUGGAAGCAUGAUUUUUCUGUUACUACAAUUCAUGUUAGUGAACAAUGUUUACACGAAAUUGGUAAAGCGUUUGAGAAAGAAAUGAAAAUGUUUCCACAUAGUGGUAGUGAGAAUGGGCAAAAAUUGUCAUUUCAAUCACUAACUGUUGCUCAAACGCUCGAUUUUUAA